AUGUGUGGCGACAAAGAACUCGAUUGUUCGGAUGUCUCAUCUGGAGAGGAAGAUAGUACGGUUAGUUGUCGUAGCUUGACCGGAUUCAAAAGUUUGUAUUUCAGUCUGUGGAUUCGUUCCGUUCGGAACGCGCCGAGAGAACCGCUCGUCGCUGGGCGUACACCAUUCUUCUCUGCUACGCAUUCGCUGCGUUUGCCUUUAUGGCCAUCUUCUUCAUCUGGUUUUGCCAGAAAGACGACAGAGUCAUGGAACUCGAGGACAGUGACUGA